GUUGUAUCAUAUGACAGACAUAUCCCCCACCACAUCAAACAACUAAAACUUCAAACAUAAUAAUAAUAAUACGAGAUGGCGGAGACAUGGUUGCGGUUGGUGGUAGUGGCUUUGGCCGUCGUCGCUUCCUCAGUGGAGGGCCGAAUCCGUCACUACAAAUUUAAUGUGGUAAUGAAAAACACGACAAGAUUAUGUGAAAGUAAGCCUAUCGUGACGGUUAAUGGCCGGUUCCCUGGCCCGACCAUAGUCGCUAGGGAGGAUGACACACUAUUGAUCAAGGUGGUUAAUCAUGUCAAGUAUAAUGUCAGCAUCCAUUGGCAUGGUGUGCGACAGAUAAGGACGGGUUGGGCUGAUGGGCCGGCGUACAUAACACAAUGCCCGAUUCAGCCCAAGGGGACGUAUGUUUAUAACUUUACGCUAACAGGGCAACGAGGAACACUUUGGUGGCACGCCCACAUUUUAUGGUUAAGGGCCACGGUCCAUGGUGCGAUUGUCAUAUUGCCUAAGCGCGGUGUCCCUUACCCCUACCCUAAGCCUCAUAAAGAAGUUGUGGUUGUCUUGGGAGAAUGGUGGAAAUCAGACACUGAAGCAGUGAUCAACCAGGCACAAAAACUAGGCCAAGCCCCUAAUGUUUCAGAUGCUCACACCAUCAAUGGCCAUCCUGGGCCCAUCUCUAAUUGUGUGGAGAAUGGUGGCUUCAAAGUACCGGUGGAUCAAGGAAAGACAUACAUGCUAAGAAUCGUCAAUGCUGCACUAAAUGAAGAGCUCUUUUUUAGGAUCGCCGGGCAUAAGCUCACGGUGGUUGAGGUAGAUGCAACGUAUGUUAAACCCUUUACCACAGAUACCGUUCUAAUAGCACCUGGACAAACCACAAAUGUACUUGUGAACGCUACUCAAAGAGCCGGCAAGUAUCUAGUUGCUGCAUCAACAUUUAUGGAUGCACCAAUCGCGGUUGAUAAUGUUACCGCCACCGCAUCUCUACAUUACUCCGGUACCCUUUCUUCUUCCGCUACUAAACUUGUUGCUCCACCACCUCAAAACGCAACUCCAGUGGCUAAUAGUUUCAUAAACUCGUUAAGAAGCUUGAAUUCUGCAAAAUAUCCUGCCAAUGUUCCAUUGACUGUCGAUCAUUCCUUGUUUUUGACAAUUGGUCUUGGGAUCAACCCAUGUUCAACUUGUGUUAACGGUAGCAUGGUUGCGGCCAGUAUCAACAAUGUGACAUUUGUUAUGCCGAAAACCGCGCUUUUACAGGCACAUUAUUUUAAUAUAAGCGGCAUAUACACCGAUGACUUCCCUAGCAAACCGUUGAUGCCGUAUAAUUACACGGGUACACAACCAAAGAAUCUUGCAACGACAAACGGUACAAAAUUGUAUAGACUUCCUUAUAACGCCACGGUACAAGUUGUUUUACAAGAUACAGCGAUGUUAACCCCGGAGAGUCAUCCACUUCAUUUGCAUGGGUUUAACUUUUUUGUGGUUGGAAGAGGGAUAGGUAACUAUAACCCUGUUACCGAUCCUAAGAAAUUUAAUCUAGUCGACCCUGUUGAAAGAAACACCGUUGGUGUCCCUGCUGGUGGUUGGACUGCUAUCAGAUUUAGAGCCGACAAUCCUGGUGUGUGGUUCAUGCAUUGUCAUUUGGAAGUACAUACAACAUGGGGACUAAAAAUGGCGUUUGUUGUGGACAACGGUAAAGGCCCAAAAGAGUCAAUUCUUCCACCUCCUAGUGACCUCCCAAAGUGUUAGAAAAGUUCAUGAGGAGGAGUUUCAAUGUAUAACGAAGGAGUUCAUUUGGGCAGCCCAUCCGGGCCGAAUAAAUGAAGUUACUAUUGGGCUUUAAUAAUAUUGUAUUAGUGACCGACCGACCGACCACCACAACAAGUUUUCAUUUUCUUUCUCUUACUUUUCUUGUUAUAUGAAGUUGAGCGGUUGUAAUUAUUUGUGAAUUUCAAACACAAUUAAAGUAACUGGGUUUAGUUCACGUGUCAAAAGGAACUGGAUUUUUCUAGUAUUGGAAUCUGUCAAAAAGAAAUGUAUUAAUUGUGUUAUGUGUUUAAUACACAAAUUUAUCAUGUUUCCUCUUAAA